AUGACUGAUGGAAGUACCUAUUCUUUCAUCAGGUAUCUCAGCCAACAGAAGCUGCCAAAAAGAAUGCUACGGGUGCGAAAUGGUGUUGAGGUUGAUGAUGAUGAAAGUGCAAGUGGAGAGGAUGAAGGCAGUGCUGAUUCAGGUGAAGAGUGCAUGGAAGAUGAAGGGAUAUGGAGAAAGCUUGAGGAGUUAUCCAAUUCCAAACUUCCUUCAAAACUCUCCAAGUUGACAUCUGGAAGAUAUCAAGACCAGCCUGAAGGUUACAGACCCGUUCAUGUUAAAUGGAAAGACCUUGAUAAAUGCAAUGUCUGCCAUAUGGAUGAGGAGUACGAGAAUAAUUUGUUUCUGCAGUGUGAUAAAUGCAGAAUGAUGGUUCAUGCUAGGUGCUACGGGGAAUUGGAGCCUGUUGAUGGGGUGCUUUGGUUAUGCAACUUAUGUCGUCCAGGGGCUCCUGAUUUACCACCGUGCUGCCUUUGUCCUGUUAUUGGAGGCGCUAUGAAGUCCACUACAGAUGGGCGCUGGGCUCAUCUUGCUUGUGCUAUUUGGAUACCAGAAACUUGCUUAUCUGAUGUCAAGAAAAUGGAGCCCAUUGACGGGCUGAGUAGGAUCAAUAAGGAUCGCUGGAAGCUUUUAUGUAGCAUAUGUGGUGUUUCUUACGGGGCUUGCAUCCAGCAUAUGUGGUGUUUCUUACGGGGCUUGCAUCCAGGUAGGCAUAUAGUUGUUGCUUAA